UGUCCACAGGUUUUGCUGCAAUUUUAUUGUGGAGUGAUGGGGUCGCUUCCAAAACCAGCUGUUGUUGCCACAAGCACCAGGGAUGAUGUGAGCGCCUUCCUCCAUUCUCAGGGCACACUGAAGCCGGAGACCAUCAGCUUAUUUUUUGAACAAGAAGUUGAUGGAGAGGCUUUUCUUGAACUUAAUGAUGAAACUCUCCGACAAGAUUUUAAUGAGAUAACUUUUGGGGAGAGGAAGAAAAUUUUGAAAAUUAUAAGCUGUCUCGUUGGGCCAGAUGCUAACACAAGCUCAUCCUCUGCUAGUGACACAUUAAUUUUGAACGAUUCAUCAUGCUCCUUUAUUAAUUCUUCUGGCUCAUCUAUAAUAACAUUGGAUCAAGAUUUGGGCUGUGCAGUGCUGGAAGGCUAUGUUGAUGAUGAUGGUGUAGUCCGACCAAUUUCAAACAUUGAUCAAGCUAAGCUGGAACCCUGUAUUAGUGCUUCAUUCAUUAAGAAACGGAAAGCUUCAUCAAAUAAUUACAAGAGAGAUCGAUUAAAGAAAAGAACUAGCCCUGAAGAAGUGACUCCUAUGGAUAUAAUUCCCAUUCUACGAGAUUCUGAGGCUGGUUGCCAAGUUGAAGAAUUUAUAAAUGAGAAAGGGUUUUUGUCUGUUUCUCAUCAAAUUACUCUCAUGAAGAUAUUACAUAAAUAUGUAACAAGCAGCAGAGAGAGUCCAUUGAAGCACUAUCCAGAGGCAACAGUUAAGAUUGCGAUGGCGAAGGGAAUCACAUCAGCUUUCCCCGCCUUAGCGGAUAAGGGACCAUGCCCCUGGGAGUCGUGGUCGAGAAUAGUUCAAAAUAAAUUUGAGACAGUUCGCUCAAAACUACCAAAAGAGAAGAAAAAAAAUAAUGUUAAGAGCGGUUGCAAAAGUUCGAGUACAAACUCCACUUCUCGACCAGAAUCCACAUCCGCCUCAUCUUCUAAAACUAUUGUUCCAUCUGCUUCCUCUACGCCUUAUACCAGCUCUAAUAAUCCUGAAAUCGAGUCAAAGAAAUCCUGGCUGAGAGAUGUUGUACCCACAUCAAGAAACAAACACGAAAUCAGUCAAGCUUUAGAUAUAACUUUCAUUGAAAGGAGGAAGUGGAUUAAGUCUCAAAAGCCAACUUGCACAGAUAUUGUAGUGCAGUACAGACCUUUAGCGAGUUAUGAGGGUGAAAUGAUAUCAGAAGAGUUUGCACGUAUGGAAAAGCUUCAUGUAGAUCUUGUCAGUAGGUUUCAAAUAAUGGCUCCGUAUAUUGUCAGGCAUGCUAAUGUAUUGAAAGAACAACUCACUUUGGAUGUCCAGAACAUGUUUAAUGAUGAUUGCUUGGUUGCCCUCAUGAUGUUGCCAAAGAUUUUGGUUCCAACUUCAAACAGUAAAACCACAACUGCUUCACUUCUUCAGCACAUCAAAAAGUACAAGAAACAUAUAGAUGCCAUACCAAGCAGUGCUUUGCUACAAGUAACUCCUGCUGGAACUGACGUGGAACAUUAUAUAUCUGUGGAAAGCUGCCUGACCGAACCUGCACCCAUUUUCCCAUUCAUACUUUGGUCAACAAAUUCAAAGAAAGAUGGAAAAUUGUAUCUGAAGAUAGAUAAACUGUCAUUUUUGGUGGGUUGUAUUAAGCAGCCUGAUCAGUGUGGUAUUGAAGUUCUGAAGGCAGUGUCACUUUCGCUCAAGGCCCACCACGUAUUUAACUUAGAGUAUCAUCCCUCUAUGAAACCCUUUUACAAUUAUUUAGAAAUCUUAUGUGGAAUCAGUACAUCACCACUUCUGUGUGUAACAAAGUUGAUUAACGCACUCAGAACUUUGGAAGAAAACCCUUUGUCGUAGGGAGAGUAUCAUCCCUCUGUGAAAC